AUGAAAACUGUGUUAUUCUUGCUAUCUAUUGGAGGUGUGUUCUGCGCCACAGCUUACGAUCCCUAUUAUCCGUAUGGCAACAACAAUCAGAAUGUAAAUACUCAAAUCACUACACUGGAUGGAAUCUUGGCGAGAGCUUCACCGCAAGCCAUCAGAGCCUAUACCCAAAUUGUGCAGAAUUUCUCACAAUCGCUCGCUGAUGUCAAGACUGCUCUUGAAAGCUGGUCUAGGACGUAUGGACUUGAGGAGCAGUACAAGAAAUUUGUUGCCGAUUCUGAAAAGGAAAACGCUGAUUUCAAGAAAGCUGUCGCUGAUCUAAUGCCUAAGCUCACGAAAUUUUUCAAUGAUUACAACAAGAUUGGAGACGACAAGAAACAGUCGAUAAUGGCAGCUUUCAACAAGACAGCAGCUCUGACGAAUACAUUUGAUGAUAAGCAAAAAGCGAUCAUAGAGCUCAUCCUGAAAACUUAUCUUCCGUCGUUGAACUCUGGUUCGAACAAUCAAGGUAUCCCGGUUAACGGUGGCUACCCUGGAAGCAACACAGGAUCCCCAGUAUAUGGCGGAGGCAUCCCAGUCAACAAUGGCGGCUAUCCUGGAAGCAAUACGGGAUAUCCAGCAGCCGGAAAUUACCCGGGAUACGGAAAUAAUGCGGCUAACAAUGGGGGAUACCCAACGAACUACGGAAGCUAUCCAUUGAACAACGGUGCUUAUCAGGGAAACGGAGGAUAUCCAAGCAACAGUGGAUUUCCUGGCAGCAACCUAGCCUACCCAGGUUACGGUAGUCUCCAGGGAAAUAAUGGCUACCAAGGAAACUAUCCUUAUGGCAAUACUGGCUCCAACUAUGGCUUCCCAUCCAAUCAGGGAGGUUUCCAAGGACCGAAUGGAGCAUCCCAAAAUGGCUACAAUGGCUUUCUCAACAACAACGGUAAUGGUGUCAAACAACCUAGCUUUGGAUCGAACGCCAUGCAAGGAGGCCAAAGAGCCUUUUUCUAA